UCUUGUUGCUUGUCAUACUUAUCUCUUUUUCUCGUAGUGAUCUGUGGACUUUUGUUCAUUGAACUUUCUCUUGAAUAUUUGCUUAAUUAUUCACUUAUGGUAAUAGAUUUCUCUAUCUGUUAGCUGUUUGUGUUUCUUUUUUGUUUGUCCUCCUACCUACUGUUAGUCAUUGUCAGUGGCUUUACUUUGUUUAACUUUAAAAAAAAAAAAGUCAACAGAGACAAGAAAGAGAAGAAAAAUAUCACAAGCAAUAAGCCAUGGCUGCAGAACUAGGUAGCGUUGUUGUUUCCGGUGUUGCAUCAUCAGUUACUGAGUCAGUCUUUGGUUUAGUUCGAAGGAAGGGAUCUUAUGUGUUCAAUUACCAGAGCUACAUUCAGGACUUGAAGAAGAAAACAGUUGAGGAGUUGAUAAGUAGAAGAGAAAGGGUGGAAGUAUACGUUGACCAUGCUAAAAGACAAGGGGAAGAGAUUUUUAAGGAUGUUGAGCAAUGGCUGAUUAAUGUGGAUGAGUUCAUUAAACGGGCAGAAAACAUCAUGAACAAGGAAGAUAAAGCAAAGAAGUGCUGUCUCAAAGGGCCAUGUCCUAGUUUGGUCAGACGUUACAUGCUCAGCAGGGAAGCAGUGAAAGCGGAGAAGGAUGGCGCUGUUCUCUUGGGAAAAGCAGACUUUAGUAAUGUUUCCUACCGCCUACGGAGGAAAGAAUCGAUAAAUGUCAGCGACUAUGAGGCCUUCAUUUCAAGAAUGUCAAAGUUCCAAGAGAUCAUGGAGACGUUGAAGGAUGCUAAUUUUAAUUUGAUUGGGGUGAGUGGGAUGGGUGGUGUUGGAAAAACCACUCUAGUAAAAAAAAUUGCUUGUCAAGCCUUGGAAGACAAGUUAUUUGAUAGAGUGGUUAUAGCUGAAGUAACUCUGACCCCUGACCACAAAAAAAUUCAAGAUAAAAUUGCUUAUGAUUUAGAUAUGCAAUUUGGCCAGGAGAGUGAAUUCGAGAGAGCUGGUCGACUGCGUGACAGAUUGAAGAAAGAGAAUAGGGUACUUGUGAUAUUAGAUAAUAUCUGGGAAAAACUUGACUUGAAGGCUAUUGGAAUUCCCUUUGGGCAUGUUGGUAAAGAAAGUCUUAAGCCUAUUGGAUUUCCUUCCAGUCAUGAUGGUCAAGAAAAUGACAAGCCUAGAAUUCCUUUUGAGUGUGAUAAGCAUGACGAUAAAGAAAAAAGCAAUGAUCAAAGGCGGUGCAAGAUAUUAAUGACAUCUAGAAACCAACAAGCAUUAGAUGAUAUGAAAACGCAGAAGACUAUCAGGAUUGAAAUUUUAUCUAGUGAAGAAGCUCAGAAUUUGUUCGGAAAGAUAGUGGGCGAUUUAGUAGAAAAACCUGAUUUUCAAUCUGUAGCAAUUGAGAUUGCUAAAAAAUGUGCAGGUUUGCCAUUGGCAAUUGCAACAAUUGGAAAUGCAUUGAAAAAUAAGACUAUUUAUGAAUGGAGAGAUGUCUUGGAUACGUUAAGAAGGUCUAAUCUGAGAUGGAUUCAUGGCAUGGAUGGAACUUUGUACUCUACACUAAAAUUGAGUUACAAUUAUUUGAACAGUGAGGAAGCAAAGUUAUUGUUUCAGCUUUGUGGUCUAUUAUCUAAAGGCUAUCCCAUACCCACUGAAUUCUUGUUGACAUGUGGUAUGGGUAUGGGCUUGUUUCAAGAUGUUCAUACAGUGGAAACAGGAAAGAAUAGAGUCCGUGUUUUAGUUGAAAAUCUUAAAGCUUCAUGUUUGUUGAUGGAUGGUGAUAGCUAUGGUACUGUUAAAAUGCAUGAUUUCAUUCAUAGUGUUGCUACAUCAAUUGCAGAGUCGGAUAAGCUUAUGUUUAAUAUUCAAAAUGUCACUGGGUCGUUGAACGAAAUGUUGGGGGGGAAAUCCAAAAAUUCAACUGCUAUUUCUCUGCCUUCUGGAGUUAUUGAUGAUGAACUUCCGGAAAAGUUGGAAUUUCCAAAACUCGAGUUGUUUCUCGUGUAUGCAAGAUUCAUCUUUACGAAUUCCAGACCAGUUUUUUGAAGAAGUGAGACAACUGAAAGUCAUGGAAUUGCAUGAAGUUCGUCUCCUAUCACUACCUUCAUCACUUGGUUGCUUAAUGAACCUUCGAACAUUGCGUUUGAUUGGUUGUGAGCUGGGAGAUAUAGCAAUAAUUGGAGAGAUGAAGAAAUUAGAAAUUCUUGGCUUUUGUCAUUCGGAUAUUCAACAGUUGCCUCAAGAAAUUGGGGAAUUAACUCAGUUAAGGUUACUAAGUUUGACUGGUUGUCAAAAACUUAAAGUCAUCGCUCCAAAUGUCAUUUCACGCUUGUCCCGACUAGAGGAAUUAUAUAUAGGGGACAGCUUUGUUCAAUGGAAUGUUGAAAGACUCAAUAAUCAAGGACCAAGUAAUGCUAGUCUUGCUGAGUUAAAGCAAUUGUCUCACCUGACCUCUUUAGACAUACGUGUUCAAGAUGCCAAGAUUAUGCCGCAUGAAAUUACGAUCGUAGAGAAGUUGGAGAGCUUUAAUAUAUUUAUUGGACUUGUCUGGAACUUGUCCGGUAAGUGUGAAACCCAAAGGAGGAUGUUGAAACUAAAGCUUGAUAAUAGCAAUCAUUUGGGGUAUUCAAUCAAAAUUUUGUUGAAAAGAGCUGAAGAUCUCUAUCUAGAUGAACUGGAUGGCUUUAAAAAUGUUCUUUAUGAGCUUGAUGGGGAGGGCUUCUCACAACUAAAGCUUCUGCAUAUCCAAAAGGCUCUUGACCUUUUAUAUAUUGUUAAUUCAGUGGAAUGGGCUCCUUGUAAAAUUGCCUUUCCCUUGUUAGAGUCAUUAUUUCUCUAUGAUUUGAUUAAUUUGGAGAAGAUAUGUCAUGGCCAACUCUAUGCAGAGUCUUUCAGCAAAUUGAAAAUCAUCAAAAUUAGAAAAUGUGAUAGACUAAAGUGUCUUUUCCCAUUCUCCAUGGCCAAAAAUCUUUUGCACCUUCAAGAACUUGAAGUGACUCAUUGCAAGAAUGUAAGUGAGAUUGUUGGUAAAGAAAGUGAAUACCAUCUCCACCAAGCUGAAAGGACUAGUAAGAUUAUUGAGUUUACUCAGCUGCAUUCCAUAAUAUUAAAAUGUCUGCCGCGACUUGUGAGUUUUGACUUCAACAUGAAGGCACCUUUAAUAUCACAGACUUCAUUAGCAACUAAUUCGUGUUCCAAAGAAAUCAUUGAAGAGGACGAACCAGAGGAUUCCAUGGCUCUUUUCAGUCCAAAGGUUGUUUUACCAAGAGUGAAGCACUUGCAAUUAUCCUUCAUCAACAUUACAAAUAUAUGGCUUGAUCAACCCUCGGAAAUGUCCCAAAGUUUAACAAGCUUAACUGUGGAGGAAUGUAUUAAUUUGAAAUUUUUGUUUUCAUCUUCUGUGGUUAGAAGUCUUAUGCAACUCCAGAAGCUUGUGAUAAGCAACUGUAAGUCAAUGGAAGGAGUGAUUGACACAGAAGGUGUAGGAGGGGAAAAAAAUAUGACUUUUCCUAAACUAUUUUACAUGGUGCUCGAAGGUCUGCCAAAACUAACAAGAGUUGGCACUGGAGAUUUUGUUGAAUUCCCCUCAUUAAAUGAACUUGUGAUUGAGAGUUGCCCUAAUUUGAAGACAUUCUUCUCCGGCUCUUCAUGUGUGGAUGCAGAUAUAGUAACUGAAAAACCUGAAGAAAUAAUCUUGGAGAACUUCCCCACUGAUAUACAUUUUCUCUUUGAUGAAAAGGUUGCAUUUCCAAGCUGGAAAUCUUGAUACUCUCUCGGUUGAAUAACUUACAGUUGAUAUGGAACAAUCAACUCCAUGAAGAUUCUUUUCGCACACUAAAAUUUUGACAUUCAAUUCUGUGGAAAUUAAUGUCUAUUGUUCCAUCAAAUAUUCAAGGUCUUUUAACCUUCAAACUAGAGGGAUUAGUUGUUGACAACUGUUGAGUAUGAAAAAUCUCUUUCCAGUUUCUGUAGCUAACAAUCUGUGCAACUUGAAAGCUGAGACUUCGUUGUUGCGGUUUGGAGGAAAUAGUCCUUCGAGGAAGUAGAUGGGGUACUCGCAUUUGUCUUCCUCACUAAAAUCUGUGCAUCUUGCUCAUCUACCAGAACUCAAAUGUUUCUACCAGGGUUGCAUACUUGGAGUGGCCCAUGCUAAAAGUUUGGUUGUUUAUCAUUGCCAUAACAUAAAGAUCGUGCUUCAGGGUCUCCUAGCUUCCAGAAAGAAGAUGAGGAGAGACAACUUGGAAACCCAUUUCGACAACCCCUGUUUUUGCUUGAAAAGGUCUGCCUUAGUAUCCUAUAUGAGCUUCAACAUAUAAUUAAC